AUGGGUGGUGGACAUCAUGAACCUUUCCAGAUCCCUAACUAUUCCAUUUACAAUAAUUACAGGCAGUUUCCUGAACUAGCUGCGCAUGAAAAACGGCUAGCGCAGAUUGGUCUAAAGGACCCAUGGAUCAGGAACUACGUGUACCUCUACGAUCGCGAGUUUCCGCACGUUCGUGGACAAUGGAAUCAUUUUAAAAGGCUAAUUCUUCCUGGAUGGAAAUUGGGCGUUGGUGUUGCAGCGGCCAUGAUUGCGAUCGAAGAAGGAUAUCAAUAUUACAAGCACGGAACAACUUCAUGGGAUGCUCAUCAUUAA